GUGGCAGACAACCAGCGGAAACAAGUGGAGAGAAACGGGAGAGAUCCCUGGAUUACGGAAUAAACAUGUCUUGUUGUGUCGUUGGAUGUCAGAACAGGUUCACAAAAAAUGCCGACCUUCAUUUUUACAGAAUACCGUCGACGAAGACGCCAUUCGCCGCUGAACGCAGGCGAUUAUGGCUGCAAGCCAUCAAACGGACCGACUGGACCGAAGAAAUCAUCCGGAAUUCUCGUCUCUGCAGUGCUCAUUUCAUAUCAGGGGAGGCAUCCAUGGAUCCAGAAAGUCCAGACUUCGUUCCCUCAUUGUUCACUUGUUCAAAGCAGAGUCGGUAUAUGCGAAUUGAAAGAAGAGUGGACAGGAAGAGAAUGGGCGCUGACGCUAACAGCAGGUCCUCUCUAGCUCACGCAUCAAGCCCUGUCACUGAAGCUCAGAGGUCUUCCACUGUGGAGCCAGCAACAAACUGUCCAGAGGGGCUUUGUCUGAACACCCAGCCGGUCUGUGAGGAAGUGCUCCCUUCACUGCAGCAAUGUGAAAUUAAGGUGGAGGAGAUUCCCGUUCUGGUAGCGCACCCACAGAUCAAAGAGGAGCAGGUGGAUCAGAGUAUCAGUCCAGACAUGGAGGCUAAUACCUUCUACGAUGCUGAAGUCAAAUCAGAACCAACCACAAACUAUGAGCCGGUCUCAACUUCUGCAGCUGUAACUGUGAGCGUGAAUGAAAACAUAAAGGAGGAAUGGAAUGAAGAUGAUGCCUCGUCGUCGCCUCUUCAGAGUGAUGGCGUUGAUGUCUUUGUGGAACUAGAACAGCCUCCGAGGGAAGAAAAGUUGUGUCGCUUUUGUGAUAAAAGAUUUAAGAGGGACUCUCAUCUGAUAAGGCAUGUAGACAAGAGUCACAAAGGGCAGAAAGCCUUUAAAUGCCUGGAGUGCAACAAGGAGUUUGAACAAAGGUACCAGCUAGUUCUGCACAUAAGAAUUCACACAGGUGAAAAGCCCUUCAGCUGUGAUUUCUGUGGCAAAACAUUCAGUCAGAACUCAAGUCGUAUUGUUCACAUGAGGGUGCAUACUGGGGAAAAGCCAUAUUUUUGUGCUAAAUGUGGGAAAAGUUUUGCCACAGGCAAACAUUUCAAGUUUUGCAAAGUGCAGAAUGAGUGCAAAGUAAAGGGGAACGUAGAUGAGAAUCACAAAGCGAAGAAAGCCUUUAAAUGCUUUGAAUGCAACAAGGAGUUUAAUCAGAAGCAGCAGCUUGUUCUGCAUUCAAGAGUUCACACUGGUGAGAAACCCUUCAGCUGUGAUUUCUGUGGCAAAACAUUCACUCAGAACUCCAGUCGUAUUGUUCACAUGAGACAGCAUACUGGAGAGAAACCAUAUUUUUGUAAGAAAUGUCGCAAGAGGUUUGCCAGUAGCCAUCAUCUUAAACACUGCAGAGGGAAACAAAACAAAAGCACAAAGAAGUCCUUUCGCUGCACAACAUGCGGCAAAACCUUUCACACAGAGUCAGACCUGAAGGUGCACACGGAGGUUCACGAGUCAUGGAAACGACACAUCAGCAAGAAGCUGGAAGAACAGACCUUAGAAGAGGAACAACUUGAAGCUGUUGCAGCAGGGGGGAGAGAGUCAUCUAUGGCAGCAGGGGCACCGGUUCUCUCAGGAAUAUUGCGCCUGAUGUUUGGGACUACUUUCUCUGUGGGCGCAUAUGAGGCCGUUGGCUGUACUAUGCCUCACUCUUGCGCUGUCAAGACAUGCAGAAGCAAAACGAAGCCUGGCGCUGCUUUGUCGUUUCACCGCAUUCCAGUAAAGGAACCGGAGCGGCUCAAAAUAUGGCUCCGCGCAUUGGACAUCGAUGUAAACACGCCCGUGGACGAGCUGAAGAAAUAUAUUGUCUGCUCAGAGCAUUUUGUCCCGGGUGACUACACAGUUAGCGGACAACGGAAGACCGACACGAUGCACCGUUUUCUGACGCCAACGGCUGUCCCGACCGUUGGCCUGACCUCGUGCACGUUACUCCCAGGUGUAACGGAGGAUUCAGAAAAUGACAGGAUCAAGGAUGUUUCAUUGGAUUCUUCUUCCUCUGAAGACACCCAGACGGUCCAUGAAGAAGUGCACCCUUCAUUGCAGCAAUGUGACAUUAAGGUGGAGCAGAUUCCCCUUCUGGUGGAAGAGAAGAUCCAAGAGUACCCACAGACCAAAGAGGAGCAGGUGGAUCAGAGUAUCAGUCCAGACAUGGAGGCUGAUACUUCCUAUGAUGCUGAAGUCAAAUCAGAACCAACCACAAACUAUGAGCCGGUCUCAACUUCUGCAGCUGUAACUGUGAGCGUGAAUGAAAACAUAAAGGAGGAAUGGAAUGAAGAUGAUGCCUCGUCGUCGCCUCUUCAGAGUGAUGGCGUUGAUGUCUUUGUGGAACUAGAACAGCCUCCGAGGGAAGAAAAGUUGUGUCGCUUUUGUGAUAAAAGAUUUAAGAGGGACUCUCAUCUGAUAAGGCAUGUAGACAAGAGUCACAAAGGGCAGAAAGCCUUUAAAUGCCUGGAGUGCAACAAGGAGUUUGAACAAAGGUACCAGCUAGUUCUGCACAUAAGAAUUCACACAGGUGAAAAGCCCUUCAGCUGUGAUUUCUGUGGCAAAACAUUUGUUCAGAACUCAAGUCGGCUUGCUCACAUGAGGGUGCAUACUGGGGAAAAACCAUAUUUUUGUGCUAAAUGUGGGAAAAGUUUUGCCACAAGCAAUCAUUUCAAAUUUUGCAAAGUGCAGAAUGAGUGCAGAAUUACACCAGAUGAGAAUCACAAAGAGGAGAAAGCCUUUAAAUGCUUUGAAUGCAACAAGGAGUUUAAUCAAAGGCACCAGCUUGUUUUGCAUGCGAGAGUUCACACUGGUGAGAAACCCUUCAGCUGUGAUUUCUGCGGCAGAACAUUCACUCAGAACUCCAAUCGUAUUGUUCACUUGAGACAGCAUACUGGAGAGAAACCAUAUUUCUGUAAGAAAUGUCACAAGAGGUUUGCCAGUAGCCAUCAUCUUAAAUUGUGUACAGGGACAAAAAACAAAAGCACAAAGAAGUCCUUUCGCUGCACAACAUGUGGCAGAACCUUUCACACAGAGUCAGACCUGAAGGUGCACACGGAGGUUCACGAGUCAUGGAAACGACACAUCAGCAAGAAGCUGGAAGAACAGACCUUAGAAGAGGAACAACUUGAAGCUGUGUGAGAGAACAUUAGAGUGUAUGCGAGAUAAAUUUUUUUUUAACAAUAAAUAAAUCUACAUCCAGUUUUUAGGAAUGACCUGCUUCAGCUGUAGUUGCUCAGAAAAGCAAUGUAUUUUGUUUAAAUUCAGCUCAAAUUCAGACAUAAGACUCUAUUAACCAGUUUAUGUGGAUGCAGUUUGUUCCAACCAAGGAAGAGCACACCUGGCUGGAAUCAAUUAAUCAGCUGAUCUCAGUCUUCAGCUGAUUACUAUGUGAUCCCUUGAUGUUGAUUGGUUGGCCUGGUGUGCUCCUCCUUGGUUGGAACAAAAACCUGCAGCCACACGGCCCUUUAUGGAAUCAGUUUGACAUGCCUGAUCUAGGAAAUGUUGUGGGGUUUUUUUUCAUGGAUGGUGGAGAAUUGAAGGUACUGUUCCAAAUGACCUACAUCCCCACCCUCACUUCAUCCUCUGCUCCACUCUAUACUUGAGUUAUAGAAUUAUUUCCUUAAGGGUAAAGAGAGGUAUGAGGGAAUGACCGGUUACAUGUAACUUGUACUUGGAUGGUAUACAGAUUGGCUGUAAUGUUACUGUCAUUUCAGCAAGUUGCAGCGAGUUGUUCACCACAGGAAAAAUAGAUGUCUGACAGGUUUGUUUGGCCAUAGGCACACAAAAAUGCUAAGGAGGCAGUCCAUUGGUGUGGUCAGGGAAGCAAGCCUUGAGGUUUUACUUGUUGUACAGCACUUAAUAAUGACAAACAAGAAAGGGGGUCUUCUCCCCAGACCAUUUCCUUCUUCAGUCAUUUACUUGAGGAUACACACAGGGGGAAAGCCCUUGUUUUUACAAAUCAUGUGGCAAGAUGAUUGCCCAUAGCUAUCGUAUCAAAACUUGUGGUUUGUUGGAAGGCAAAGGGGAGAAGUCAUUUCGCUGUUUGGUUUGUGGUAGAAAAUUUCACACAGCUUCAAAUCUGUGGGACCAUAAGAAGAUCCAUGAAGCAAGAAAACCCUACACUGAGAUGUAGCCUUUUGCUUGAUGGUCAGACUGAAUGGACAUUUCUUUCACCUCAUUCGUUUUCAUUUAUGAGCAAAUUAAAAAUGUUGGUUAGUUGAUUCAGAGGUGUGGCCAGCUCACACUGUCUGAAAACCAGUGUGGAAACUUCAGAGGAAAAAGAAAAAACAAUUACAACUGUCUGAGAAAACAUCUUCUCACACAGUUGAGAAGACCACAAUGUUCUGAGUACAGGAUCUUGGGUGCAACAAUUUUUUUGUGUUGUGUCUUUGCUGUGUCCAGUAUUCCUGUUACUGCUCAUGGCGGU